AUGGACGAGUACCGCUUUCCAGACUCCCGCCUCAAGAAGAAGAUGGAUGAUUCAUCGAAGACACCUCUUCUUCUUGUGGCCUGCGGCUCAUUUUCUCCCAUCACGUUUUUACACCUUCGCAUGUUCGUCAUGGCCGCGGACUACGUCAAACAUAACACCGAAUUUGAAAUGAUCGGGGGCUAUCUGUCGCCCGUGUCUGACGCAUAUAAGAAGCAGGGCCUUGCGGCUGCCGAGCACCGGGUCGCUAUGUGUCAACUUGCCAUCGAUAAAGCCUCCACUUGGCUCAUGGUUGAUACUUGGGAAGCCGAACAGAAAGAAUACCAGCCAACUGCUAAAGUUUUGGAUCACUUUGACCAUGAAAUAAACAUCGUUCGAAAGGGCAUCGACGCAGGAGACGGAACUCGCAAGCCUGUACGGAUCGCCCUCCUUGCGGGUGCUGACCUCAUACAAACCAUGUCCACUCCCGGAGUCUGGAGCGAACAGGACCUGGACCAUAUCCUGGGACGCUACGGAACCUUCAUCAUCGAACGAUCUGGCACAGAUAUCGACGAGGCCCUGGCCAGUUUACAGAAUUACCGCGAUAACAUUUAUGUCAUUCAACAGCUCAUCCAAAACGAUGUCAGUAGCACAAAGAUCAGACUGUUUUUGAAGCGAGGCAUGAGUGUACAGUAUCUCAUCCCCGCUCCGGUCGUGGAAUAUAUUGAACAGAAUCAUCUCUACACAGAUGACCACCGAGGUUCGAGUACAUCUCUCUCCCAUCCUCAAGACAAUGACAAGGGCAAGAGCAAGGAAACCACCGCCUCCGCAAGUUGA